CAGUAGGUCGUCCUCGCUAAGUUUUCCAAAGAUGAACAGUAGGUCGUCCUCGCCAAGUUUUCCAAAGAUGAACAGUAAAGUCGUCGUCGCUAAGUUUCCCAAAGGUAAAGUCGUCCUCGCUUUAUUAAUAGAGAAGAGAUAAGGCGCUGGUGCUUGGAAACACAUACUUUGCAACCAGUCGACUCAGGCAGACUUCCUCAAUGGCAAGCAAAGCUGAUCACUUUUUCUCUUCAUCCCCUAUGGUCAACUUUCAAACAUGGUGCGAUCACCUGGCUUGGCUGUCCUCUGAUAUCACUGACAUUCCCUACCCUAAUACUCCCUGCAGGAGAUGCGGGCACCCAAAUGAAAACUGGUUUUGUUUAUGCUGUAAGACUGUCCUUUGUGGUCGUUAUGACAACAUGCACAUGAUUCAACAUUACGAGCAGACAAAUCAUUCUCUUGUAAUCAGCUGCAGCAAUCUAUUAGUUUGGUGUUACUCCUGCCAUUCUUUUAUAGAUCAUAAAGUGAUUCCACAACUGAAGGCUGCACUGUUAUUGUCAAAUACCUCCAAGGAUCGUUCGUCAUCAACCAAGCUAGAGAACCUCGAUGGUCUAAUUGCUGAUGUAGAUAAUCUCAUCUCUACAUUUUCUGGCUUUGAUCUUCAUCAACUGGAUACUCACUUCUGUGAUGAACUCGCAAUGGCCAAGGAGGGACUCCAAAAGAUAUUUGACUGUAACUUGGAAGCUUUAGCUGAUCCCAAAGUCCAAGAGGAGUUCCUUACUCAUUCAGCCACACUUAUUUCUGAUGAUUCUUUCCCAAUAGACUUGAAGGUUAAACUUUUAUCUUUCCAAUCUAAUCUCUCAGAGGAAAUGUCUGCUUUCGUGGAAGCUCAACAUGAGUUGAAUAAAGUGUCAGACCUAUCAGCUUCACUUGCUGGGCAAAACUUUGUGCUUGAAUCGACCACUUCAAAGUAUGCCGAAGUGAAAGCACUAUUUCUUGCAGCAGACAAGAAACAUGCCAAACUUACUGCCAAGAUCAAUGCUGCAUCGAAGGCUGGAAUUGAAUUGUUUGAAGAUUUAGCCAUUGUUCGGAUGCGAAGGGCUGAGUUUGAAGAGAAAUUGGGUACCAUUGAGGGAGUAAUUACCACUGCUAGAGAUAGAUUUGUCUCAGACUCUUCGAAGCUUUCUACAAUAAAGGGAUUGACCAAUGCAGCUGCCCGUUUAGUCACUCGACGAAAGUCAGCCUGGAAUAGCUUAAGGAUUACUUACUCAAAUUUUGCAUCACUUGGUCUGCAUGAUGAGGAAGCUUAUUUGGUGGGUUUCUAGAUGACCCCCACGUUUUUCUUCUUUUAUUACCUAUUGUGGGCUAUGCAUAUAGCUAGCCAUGUUGCAAACUUUGAUUUUUCAUUGCAUAUUUACUGCAUUCUGGUAUGCAGAUUGCAUUGGUCAAGAGACAGAGCAUUCAAUGCUUGUCUGAUAGUUGUGUUGUAAGACUCCCGACUCCCUAUAUAAGGGAUCAAGUAGUACGUUGUAAUAUAUCCCAAUUCUAAUAGUAGAGUUCAUCAAUAAGAGAGUAGCUAAUCUUUCAUUUUCUC